AUGUGUGAAGAUCGAAACCACGGAACCGGAAAAGUCGAUAAGAACACCGUCGUGCCACUCCCAGAAGGCGAUGCCUGUGUCAGACUCCAUUUGCUCGACGGUGGAAGCUUCACUGCGAGUGAAUCGCGGAUGCAUGCCAAUGUCGCAGAGACAUCCUUUCAGUUAAUCGAGAAGAUUAUACUCCCUGAGUGCAAAAAGUUCAUGCUCGACGUCACCAACGCAGGAGGGCAAAAAGUGUCGAUCCUCGACCAGAUUCAGAGACAUGGUGGUCCAGGCGAUGUAGCGAGCGUUAUCUUUAGGGAGCUCUUCGAUGGCAUCCACGACGUCGCGUGCUGGACCAAUCCAGACGGCCACGAGGCGUCUUUCCAAGAGGAUAUUCCCGCUGCGAAUGACACUAUUGGGAGCAUAAUGUACAUGGAGCAAAAGUUUAGAGCGCACAUCGCCUUUGCGCACAAUAUAAGUUUGAUAAGGAAAGGAGAAGACAAGGUAUUGCUAUUGCUCUCGAUGCUUGACAGCGACAUGGAGCGACUCGUGCGGAACGAGAUAUUAGCAGAAAAAUGCAAUUGA